AUGUCAGCGGAGCAGCGCUGCCAACCGAGGCCCACCUACUACCGCUGCUGGAUUUCGUCACGCGUGAACAGCGUGUCCCAUCCCCGUCAGCUACAGUGCCCCGCCAAGUCAUUCUUUACGCUCAUCGCGAGCACCAGCCACCACCACAACGACCACAGCCACGUCCGAGCCAUCCUCGACGACUGCCGCUCCCACCACCGCGUCCAAGCUAACCACCACACUGACCCCUCAUCCGACUGCACGCACCAGCCUCCGCUAUGUACCACAUUGGUCGGGAGCAUGAAAUUUGACAAUGAGCACAUCGGUCUCCCCUUUCUUGAGAGUAGCGCGUACUUGCACUCGACGGACCCUUAUGAUGUCGACGCACCGCGCUCCACAAGCAACGCAGUCGAGCGGAGUCACUUUCGCGUCCGCAUCGUGACCGCCAAAGGACAUGUUCCAGUUCCCGCGAUCCGCUAUACAGUGCGGGAAAAUCCCGGCAUUUCAAUUGACGUGCUGAGCUCCAUCACGCCGGAACGAGUGCGACGUCAAGCGGUGAUGCUGAAUUUUUCCUCGUGCCAGUGUGGGCUCAACGCUGUCACCUUGCUCGUCUUCCGCCACGGCUUUGUCAAGCAGACUACGUCCCGAAGUGAUGGCCGCCAAUACAGUCGACGAGUGGGCCAUUGA